AUGAAAUAACCAGCAUUGUAAAGAUGAAUAUUAAAUAUUAUUUUAUAUAGGGGUGGUGGAUAAUAUGAUGAAGCGGGGAAUGAGUGCAAGAUUGGAAGAUGGAUUGAGUUGAGUGACAAAUUUAAAGCUACUUGUUAAGUUAGAUAAUAUGGUGAAUAUAUAAAUGGUAAGAAAGUUGGUAGAUGGGAUUCUUAUUGGCAUUACGAAAAAUUGUAUAAACAUAUGUAAGAUAUUAUUAUUUAAAAUUACUUCGAAAUAUUUUAGUGGUGGUGGAUUAUAUGAUGAGAGUGGUAAUGAGUGUAAGAUUGGGAGAUGGAUUGAGAUAACUGAAGAAUUUAAUAGUACAUCGUAAGUUUCUUAUCAUGGUGAUUAUAAAUGUGGUAAAAAGGUUGGUAGAUGGGAUAUUUGGUAUUAGAAAAAUUAUCAUGACCUAAAAUAUGAAAAGAUGUAAGAUAAAUUAAAAAUUUUUAGUGGUGGUGGGUCAUAUGAUGAAGUAGGUAAUGGAUGUAAGAUUGGGAAAUGGACUGAGGUAAUUCAUGAUUUCAGUGAUUUUUCCUAAGUCACUUAUUUAGGGGAAUAUAAGAAUGGCAAGAAAAUAGGUUUAUGGGAGAUAUAGUAUGAAGCAAAAAAGAUGUAUUAAACUAUUAUGUAUAACUAAUUUAGUGGCAGUGGAUCAUAUGAUGAAUAAGGUGAUAUGAUUAAGAUUGGUAAAUGGAUAGAAUUGCACGAUCCUUUUACAGAUUCAUUUUAAAUUAUUUACGAAGGAGAAUUUAAACGUGGUUAAAAAGUUGGUACCUGGAUUUAAAAGGAAAGAUAUGAAAAUCACUUAGAUUUUAAAGAAGUAGACGUGAUAAAAUAUGCUGAUUGA